AUGUGUCUUCAUGCCUACCACCACUAUACCCGCUGUGGCCAUAUCGCCAACUGGACAGUGACCAGCUGUUUCCAAUUCACCAAUGCGAUUCGUGCCUGGGCCCAAACCAGCACUACCCAACCUUGUGAUAAUAUUCGAGUUGUCCACGACCUUCUUCCCGUCAGAGUGUCCUCUGUCGACUGCUUCCAGUGCCUGAAUGAGCAUCGGGGCUGCUUUCCGCACGAUCAGACUGCCUUGCCUCACAAAUACACAGUCCUUGAGGGUUUGGGCGCCGAGAGACCGAUCAUGAAGAUUUAUGUUCAGAUGGACCGUGAUCAGGCAUACAAGCCCAAUCACGAUCCGAACAGUAAUAAUGAUGAUGAUGACGAGUGUCCUUUCGCCGAGAUUUCUGGAGAAUGGUGUCCUGCUUGUUCCUUCAAAGACACCAAGGCCCCAGCUCCAAGACAAACGACCACUUAUGGGGCAUGGGAACAGAUGCAAGAUACUCAUGUAUCUGAGCGUGCUCAGGUGGUAUUCUCAGGCGAAGCAACAACUAGCUCAACGGUUCCAUUCAAGGCCCCGGAUGCUGCGGGCAAGCCCGCAGGGAAUGCUCUGGAGCAUGCGAAUUAUAGUGAUUCCUCCGGAUGGUGCCCCAACCUCUCCGAUGAAUCGUCCCUCAUGCACCCACCAGACUAUGUUGCAUGGAUACGUAGUCUUCCCACCCCCAAUGACUCUAGGCCGUCUCUGUCCUCCGCCCCAGAAUCGGAAAUUUUGGACGGAGAAGCCCUCCCAACCUCUUCUGGGGCGACUGAAUAUCCAACAUUGUCCCCCCUUCUGGCCUCUCUCGUUUGGCAUGUGCGGAGAGGUCGACCUCCUACGCCGUUCCCGUUUUCAGAAGCCCAUUACCAGCAUCGCCAGGAACUGGAAGCUCUUCUUCUCGCCAUGGCUCCCACCACCGAAGCCGACCCGUUUGAGCUGGAUAUGCUUCAUCGUGCCAUUUUCACCCUACUUGGGGAGGAGAGCGAGAAGUAA